AGAAUGGGCUGGAGCUGACUCGCUCAGUUUUCUCACUUUCACUUUGUCCCAAUUAGAAGCACGUACAAAGGGAUUAUCCCUGAUUUUCACCUGAGCCCUUCAGGAUCCAAUUUCUACCAGGAAUAGUAGCUUUGGGCAGGCUACACAUCCUGACCUCUUAAAGCUUGCUUUUUUUUUUUUCUUUUUUUAUUUCCCCUGCAUAAGUGGGUGGAGGUCUUCAGGAAUCUCCUCCUGACACCUUUCUUUCUAGGUCAAACAUGCUCAGGAUUUUCAAACCUUGACAGGGUUGAUAAAUGCCAGACCACUUUGCUGCAUCAUGAGCCAGCAGACUUGGGGCCAGAAGAGGUUCCCGCAGGACUGAAAAAUUUCACCUUUUUGCUCAAGCCCAAGUCAUCCAACUCUCUGAAGGCAUCUUAUGAAGACUGGCUGCUGACGUAUGGCUUGAGUGUCUCUCCUUUUCACAUGCGAUGGCAAACAGCUCUCUUCAACCGCCAGUUCUACAACUGGGGGAGAUGGAAGCCCAGAUUUCUGUAUUUAUGGUUCAGCAUAGGAAUGGUGUUCGGUAUAGUUGCCAUGUUUGGCUCUGUUAUUCUUCUCGGAAAGACACUGAUACAAACACUGACACAGAUGCUCACUGAGGCACCAAAAGCCCAGAAUGAUCGUAUGCUGCAAGUUGUGGUGCCUGGUGUAAAUUUGCCUGUCAGCCAGCUGACCUAUUUCUUCUCUGCAAUCCUCAUCAGUGGUGUGAUACAUGAAGUCGGCCAUGGGGUGGCAGCUAUUAGAGAACAAGUUCGAUUUAAUGGAUUUGGGAUUUUUAUCUUCAUUGUCUAUCCUGGAGCGUUUGUUGACCUCUUCACAACACACUUGCAACUGAUAUCUCCAGUACAGCAAUUAAGGAUAUUUUGUGCAGGAGUAUGGCAUAAUUUUGUUCUUGGUGUUGCGAGUUUCAUAGUUUUGUUUCUGCUGCCAGCCAUUCUUUUCCCUUUCUAUUACACGGGUGUUGGGGCACUUGUCACUGAAGUUGCAGAGGAUUCUCCUGCCAAUGGACCAAGAGGUCUUUUUGUGGGAGACCUUGUCACUAACCUACAAGACUGCCCAGUUUAUAGUGUUGAAGACUGGAAUUCCUGUCUGGGAGACAUUUCAGAAAAGUCACAGGUUGGCUACUGUGUAAGUGCAGCCACCCUACAGCAGUUAAGCUUUCCAGCUAGAGUCUAUAGAAGACUCGAUGGCACAGUUGAAUGUUGUAGUAACAACAGCCUCACAGACAUUUGCUUUUCAUAUAGCAAUAAGUUGGACAGCCACCUGUAUGCCUGUCUGCCAGCACGAAAAGUUAUUGAGGCCAGCAAAGUUUGUCGAGCCAACAUGGACUGCCAGAAGGACUUUGCUCCAAGCUUUUGUGUGACUCCUUCUUUAGAGAACCAAACAAGGCUAAUCAGGGUAAAACAUCCACCCCAUAUUGACAUGCUGUAUGUAGGACACCCCAUGCAUCUUCAGUACACAGUAAGUCUCAGCAGUUUUGUACCACGACAAAAUUUUCUAAGCAUCGAUCUGCCUGUGGUGAUAGAGACAUUUUGCAAGUACCUAAUUUCACUGUCAGGAGCACUGGCAGUUAUCAAUGCUGUACCCUGCUUUGCUUUGGAUGGUCAGUGGAUAUUAAAUUCAUUCCUGGAAGCCACUCUGAGCUCCCUGAUUGUAGAAAAACAAAACAGAGAGCUUGUUGGCUUUUUAAUUUUGCUUGCUGGUAGUGCACUUUUGGCUGCCAAUGUUGCACUGGGACUUUGGAUGGUGACAGCACGAUAGAACAUUGGAUACACUUCCAUCAGUUCUCAAAGUACACAGAAAUAGUAAAUCCAUUGCCUUUUAAACCUUGUUCGGUACUGAGAUUAAAAACAAUUCCCUUAAAGUGACACUGAAAGAAUAAUCACUGGUGAUAUCUGUUUUAAUUGAAAUGUGUACAAUGUUGUGGCUUUGGUCAUGGGAAAUAUAAUGGAAAGAAGUAGGAACCUUUUUAUAUACUUUUCAAGCACUGUAUUAAUUUUGAGAAAUGUGCAUUGUAAAGCUUCACAGGAGAAAUCCUAAGACUUCAUGAAUUCAGAUCUCAAAAUAAGGGAAUUAUUUGACCUCAAACAUUUGUAAAGUGGGAGGAAAAAACACUAAGGUUUUAUUUUAUAAUUUGAAUAACUGUCAGAAAAUCUGUGUGGGCUCUGAUCGUUUCUUAGUCACCAUAGUCUUGAGUGUCCUGCUCUGUUUUUUUAAUCUGGUGUCCUACCAAACUGGACUUUAAGAGGCCCUAAAGUCUGAUCUCCAAUCGUGAAAAGCUAAGUAAAUUAUUACCCUGUGUUAAUGAGGAGAGAGAGGCCACAUGCAUUAGUAUCUUUCCUUUUCAGCUGGCCAAAAUGACUGGAAGCGUGUUGUCCUCACGAUGGAGAUGAGAAGUGCCCUUGUUUGUUAAGAAUGAGGCAGGUGGGAGGAUGACAAAGGCCACAUGUCUGUGUUUUUUACGCAUUCAGUUGUAUAUUAUCAUACGCAGCUGAAAGUUUUUUAAAGGCAAUAUUUGUCAGCAAUAGCUACAAAAUAAAUGAAAUUUAGUUUCUGAGUGCUGAAGUAUGCUGUGCACAAUUGUUCCGAAGUGAUAAGUAAUGUUUGUAUUGUUUUACUCAGAAAAUAAUACUGUAUUAUACCUGUUUACAGUUAAAAGUGAAACCUGUUGUUUUUAUGGUGUCUAUCUUCUGAUGCUAUGCAUGUAAUAUGUACAGUAACUCCCUGAUGUUUUUCUGUCUUUCAAAGGGUUGUUUUCCUUUGCUAGGAUUCAUGCUGUUCAAAGAUAGCUAACAAAAACGUUUAGCUGAAGCCGGUCUUGGAUCAGAAUUGUUUAGAGGAAGAAUAUGAUUGUGAAUUGAACUAUUUAAACAAUUGGCUUUGCUUUCUGAAAUGAAUAUGGACCAUAUCCUUGUUCAUAAAUGAACAGCGGAAGAACAGUCAGUGUUUUGCUUACUAAAGUAUGUCUGACGUACUUUGAAGUUCUUCAAGUCUGUAAUGUUUUGUACCCCAUAGGAUUAUCUCUUGUCUGUUAUGUUAUCCUGUGAUAUAUUGCCUAGUUUAUAUAAAUCAGGUUCUGUCAGAGCCUUGACUCGGUAUCAUCUGGUAUUAAAAAAAAAGAAAAAAAUGCUCUAGAUUGGUAGCCUAAAUAUUUGAAAUAUGAAAAUUUUUGAAAACUGUCCUGCAACUUCUGUCUGGUACAGUGCUCCGCAUAGGAGCUGCUGCAGCUCAGAGUUCAUUUACAGAAAUGGUCUUUUCAUCAGGAACUGCAGUGGAAACUAAGCUCACAGAGACUGGCCUGCAGGGACUAAUGAAGCAUUCAUGCUUAGCUAGCUAGCAUAGAUUCUCUUGGCACUGGAGGUAAAAGCCUGGGUAAUUUUAAAAGUGGGGUUGGGCCCAAUUCCUGGAGCUACUGCAUGUAUUCACAACUAUGUUUGCAUUUGCUCGCUGAUGUGUUACUGUUGCUCAGUAGCCUUCACACUUGCUGAAGAUUUAUUCUUAAAGUGAUGCAAGCAGUAAUGAGAGAACAUGUUUGUGUAUUUGUUGUUGUGUUAUUAAUAGUUUACUUACCUCUUCGGUGCUGUCACAGGCUGGGUUGGCCUCCUGAAGUUCACCUCUGCGGGGUGGCAGACCUGUGCCUCUCAUUUUAAAUCAUUUCAACCCAGGCACGUUGGAACAGAUCUUAGAGUCAAUCCCGUGUCCCCUUUGGGGCUGUUAAGAGCCACAGAAAAUGCUAGAAAGGAAAACCAAACUAUCAGAAACUGCCAGUGGGCUUCUCCCAGUAACACCUUGAAGGUCGAACUUAUCAUCCUUCCUGGUAAGGUACAGAGGUUUCAGGGCAGCCAUGCUGAUGAACACCUCUGCCAUCCCUCUGUGGACAGGAGGGGUAGGAGCAGCCUGAUCCUUGCACAAAGCCUGACUCUCAGGCCAUGCUCCAGAAGCCUGCUCGCUCACCUAACCGGCUGCUUACUAAUGUCAGCUUUGUGCCACUUACUAAAGUGGCUCUGUGCCACUUUCCUCUGUGUCUUGUCCAAUCUACAGUGCACAAAAUUAAUUUGCACUUAGGAGUUUUAAUGCAAUUUAGUAAGACUGGGUAUUUCCUUUUCAAAAUAGCUACUAUUUACAUAUCAGAGUUGCAGUGCUGUCUUAUUAUGUAAAGCAACAACAAAGGCAUCUGUGGUGAUUUCAAAAACAUUUUGCGAAAAACAUUUCAAGUUUGAUACUUCAUUGCUUGGGAACGUCUUUUAGCAUAGUAUACCUCUUGGAGAUGUAGGAAAGAUUUUAAAAAAGCAGAGUUUCUGAAUUAACAUACACAAGUUACAUCUGCAAUAAUGAGGCUGGCAGGUUGUUCCUGGUUAUUUAAUGCGCUACCAAAACAUGAUGUUUUAUCAAAAGAAACUAAAUCCUGUUUAUUUUAAUUUACACAAUCACUGAAAGCCACAGUUAGGCUAGGUAGAACUUCAAUCUGUGUUUGACGUCAUAAUCAAAAAGAGGGGGGAGAAGACACUGGUCAUGGUUUUAGCAAAACAGACACACCAGUACACGGUAAAGACCCUGGUUAUCUCAUAUGGGAGAGGUAGCACUAGAAGUGUUUACAAAGAAUUCAUGGGUCCAUUUCCAUGUGCUGGAAUUCUGGUGAAUAAGAGUCAAUGUCAAUGUAGGUAUGUAUGAGUGCUUUGAAUCAAGUCUUUAAGCAAACUAGGUAUGAAUGGUGACACAGCACAUCUUAGAUUACCUGCAGACAAAGGUAACAGGUUGGACCACUCUCUGAAGAAACACUUGUGCAGUGGAUUCAUUUCAUUCUCCUGUGAUCCUAACAUAUGGCUUAUACGAUAAGCAAGUGCCAUAUAUACAGUUAUUGGGCGAGGUUUUGCUGGCUUUUUGUUGUUUAUUUAGCAAGAGGGGAUGCAGAAGGACACAGUGGUUUUUUGUGUGUUGGAUUUUUACUCUGGAGUAUUUGUGAUGUUUCUUAUAUUUCUGUUUUUUUCUAAAAAUUGAAAAGAAGAUUUUCCUUAAAAUGAAAUCUUUCCACUUCUCAUUCUAAUUAGCCCCGCAGAAUGUAACGUAUUCUUUAAUACAGAAUCCAUCAAUAUAUUUGUAGGGCAUAUUGAUGAGUAUAAAACAGAGCACUCUUAAAGAUUGGAUGUAUACUACUAUUUAUGUAUAUACUAUGCAUUUUAAAAUCUGUAUCAGAUGGAAAAAAGUAAUGUCUAACAUUGAGAAGUGUUAUAUGUAGCUUUUACUUGCACGUUGCUGGAAGAUUUCCAUAAUUAGUCAUUGUUCUGAUUUGGUUUUUUAAUGAGCAUUUUUUCUAUAUCAGCAAAGACUUCCAUAGCAUGUUUUGAUAAUACCUGAUAUGCCAUGAAAAUGGGUAUCUUCUCAGCAUGUGAGAAGUUACACACUCUUUAUUGACUUAGGGAAUUAAAAUAAGAUGGCUUCCAUACAAGUUAAAUGAAAGAGACUGCACUAGAAAAAGUAUAGACAAACUUGCAGAUCAGCCAAAUUUAUGAGCCACAAUGAAAAAUCUGUUAAUUCAUCCUUUUAUUCAGAAUGAAACAAGCAACUGUAUUGACAGUUUUCAGUGAUAAGGAUUCUGUGUGUAUACAGGCAUACAGACAUAUAAUAGAUACACAAAGAGUCACAGUCUGUAUUGCUGCUUUUUCCAGGAUAACUUGCAGCAGUCCUCCAUACUCUGCAAUGCAGGCUUUUUUUUCUUUCUCUCUAUGAGUUCCAUGGCUUUCUCUGGAUUUUAAAAUUGCAGCUAUGUUUUCCUCACAUAACUGAUCGAAAUUCUUUAUUGACAGAAGACAAAUGAUGGACAUAAUGAAACCACAGCUGCAUGAGUUUUGUUCAGCUGAUGUUUAAAACGUUUCAUGCUUUCUGUGAGGCCUCAGCUACGAGCAUGGUAAACACAGAUUUUUGGGGCAACUAAAAGAGGUCAACCUUGAAAUCCAUCACUCUCUAAGUGCUGCUAUUUGUGCUGUUCUGAACAAUAAAUGGGAUGAGUGAGACUGCGUAGGGUAUACUGGAAAAAUAAUGUGUCCAGGACAGACCUUCCCAUGGCAGUCAGGAUGUUUCAGCUGUCUUGAAAUAAGGAUAUAUUUAUGUUCAGUUUAGAACAUCAACAAUCCAAGCUUUCUAAUAAUUUCCUAUACAUUUUACAUGAUGGCAAAGGGUGACCUGUAACAAAUAAGUUUUAAAAUAAAUUCUGUAUAUCUUCUAUCUGAAAGAUCUGGAUUUGUAUCUGGAUAUCAUUUAUGACAGAUGAGGAAGGGUUAUAAAGAUUUAUGUAGCCUAGUCUGUAUUUAAUUAUUUUUAAAAGGUGUGAGUUAAUCUCUAUAAAUAGUUAUUUGUAAAAUAUGCAUUCUAUAUGCCUGCAUUCACACCAGUUCCCACAACCAGUCUUGCCUCAACUUUUUUCUUGUGACUUUGUGAGUAAGGAAGCUGAAUCUAACUCAGGUAAGAUCCAUUAUUAGUGGUUAUUUUAUACCCCUUUUAUCCUGAACUUCAUGUAACACUACAUAGAUUAGUCAUUUAAGUGGCUGGGUUAUCUGAGGUACAUAUCCUGUACUAAAGCAGCAUUUGGGAAGCACUGUACUUGGGGCUGCCAGAAUAUGGCAGCUCUGUGACUGUUUCUUGUUCCUCGGACUCAUCCACUACAUCAUGUGAAGAGCAGAUGGCAGCGACUAAAGGCGGCGAAGAACCUCAGUUUACGGCAGCUGCAUGAAACCUUCCCACCGCUGAGCCCGUGUGAAAGGACAGGAACAAAGAGCAGGAUAUGACGCUGCAGUUCCAUUCGUUCCAUUUACAUUGGCAUGAAACGUGAAAAGAACUUGUAAUUAACAUUUCAGAGCAUGCAGAUAUGUUUUCCAGCCUUUCACUGAAUCAUUCAGUGACUGGUCAUCACAUUUUUUUUUUUAAAACACUUUGUCAUUCCAUGUGAUGAAUAAGUGAUAUGGGCAGUUGUAGCUUAUUUAGUAAAAUGGACUUGGAUAUUUCUCACGUCCAGAUGUUCAUCCUGGGUUGUUUUUUGCAGCAUCAUAGUAUAAUUGACCAUGACUAUGGCCAUGACUAGAGAAGUCUAGUUUCUUCCUUCCCAAGCUGUUUGUUGAUAUUUUAAAUUCCUCUUUUCCUUACAUAACUUUGCUUUUAGAUUUCUUAUGCUCCAGUGAUCUUAUCUGAAGCCUAUCAAUGGAAUAUGUAUUGUUUUGAAAUUCACUGUGGGUUUUUUUCCUCUACAUAGCCUUAUUUUUCACACUGACUCACAGCUGUGGAAUGUUAAAUUUCUAGACCCUUUGUUCCCACUAUGCAUUGUUCUUGAUCAUGUUGUUUUUUUUGUUUUUUUUUAAAAAAAGAAGCUUCAUUUUGAAAAUGUCAGCUAACAAAUACAUGGAACACUUUGAAUAAUGCAUUGUGUUUUUGUUUUGCUUUUUUUCUCUAUUUAAUCAACCAAACAAUAAGUAUUGUUUUCUAUGUAUGAUAAAUGUAUCCUGCAAAUAAACUCAUUGUUUGAUUGUUAA